UUAUUGUUUGAAUGAAAAGUCAUUUUAGUAAUCACUAAAAAGUUAGUAGGUUUUAUUUCACCAACUUUCUAAUCAAUUUUUACUAUAUAAAUAAUAAUUGAGUUAUUACUUGAAGAAAAAGUAUAAAAUGGAUGAAAUUUUGUACUCGCAUGUAUUUAAAUGCAUUUUUGGAAAUACAAAUAAUCCGAUAAUAUUAGAAAAACUAAGAAGAGUUCAUAUCGAUUGGAAAAAAACAAUCGAUAAAAUUCUUGAAACAACGGAUAUAUGGAAGAAGGCAUGUUUGAAUGAAAUCCCAUCAGAACAAAUCUCCUCUAUGAUUAUAAGAUUAUUUCCAAUGCUUUCUUUCGAACAUUAUCUUGAACUCGAUGACUUAGAGGUUUGGCGUACUGUUUACAUUUCGUAUAGAAAGUGGAUGAUAUUCUCGAAACUUCGAGUUUCAGUCGAGGCCUAUUAUGAAUUCUCUGAAUCGACAAUUCUUUCUAAAGCAGUUACCUCGUUUGCAAGGUGUGAAAAAUAUUUUGCUAUUGGAACUAAACAUAAAAAGGUUUAUGUUUUCGAUUCAAAUAAUAUGAACAAACCCACAUAUACGGUAAAUUUUGAUGAUGGUAUAAAAGACAUUAAAUUUUGGUAUCCUGCUACUGGUGACUUAUUCUUGGUUGUAAUUGUUAGGCCUUUUUAUAUUAAAUUUUUGAAUGUUUCUACUAUGAAUGAAGUUCCGAGUAUCAGCUUUAAGGUACCAGAGGCGGAUGCUCUAAGUGUCGGUACAUUCGAUAAAUUAUUUGGUAUAGACAACGGCGUUGUUAAUGAAUAUUAUUAUACUGAUGGUGUUAUAAAACAAUAUCCAAUAACUCGUAUACCGAAAGGAUUUUGCGAAAAAUUACACAUAGAAAACAAAAAAAUUAUUUAUGUAGCGUUGUUCAAUAAUUAUGUAGCUUUGGAAAAUUACACAAUUUCAACAUCUGGCGACGGAUAUACUGUUAUGCUUCCAAAGAAUGUUACAUAUUUUGAUGAUUCCUCUAUUUAUGAAUGUAGCAAUCCGAAGUUUGUCUUUCUCACUUCCAAUGUCAUAUUGCAGAAAUCAGCCAAAGGAAACAGUUGUCUCAUAAUUUGUGAUCACCGAUCUAAGUGGAGAAUCUAUCACCCAUUUCGAAAAUUCGGCACAAAAAAUUUAGUAACUUCCGGCAUAUUACACGGAAAAAUUUUGAUUUUGGGAUUUAAAACGGGUCAUGUACGGAUCUUUACUGUAGAAAAUUUAGAGCAUCUUAAAAAUUCAACGUUAGAUCUUAAGUCAGGAAUUGAAUAUCACGUACAUACUAAAUCGAUAAAUUGGUUGCAAGUUACUGAAAUUCAAGAAAAAUUAAUCACUAUUGCAAUUACAGACGACAAAAUCUAUUCAAUUAAUUUUAUCUCUAAAAACAGUAUUGAGUAAAUAAUUAUUUAAGAGAAUCAUUGUAACAUCGGCGAUUGCAAAGUGUCUAUUUAGAAAAAUAAAUUCAAUAUUAAUAUUAAACACAAAAUUUUAGAUAAAUGGAUAAGAAAGACUUUUAAUAAUCUCGCCCUGACAGUUACUUUCUGAUGAGAAAGUUGAUGUUAAUUAGUUGCGAUCAAAUUGUCGGCAAUUUUCUGGGAUAAUUGAAGGCAACUUAUGAAAUCGCCAAUGUUUGCGACCAACUUGACGACAAGUCGACUGUCAUCAUCCUGCUGCCAACUUGGCUAACAGAAUAAAAUUUGAUGUGUACCCUGAUAGCACGAGUUGAUCGUGAAAAAGUUGGUCAUUCAUUAGAUUCCGACCAACUUGACGACAAUUUGUCGACAACUUUAGCUUUUGCAACUUUUGACUACAAGUUACCGCCAACUUUCUUAGAAAGUUGGCGCCAGUAUGGAGCCGCAACUGGAAUGCAAGUUUCUGAGAAAAUUUUAAGGAAACUUACCGUCAACUUAUGAUUGCCAACUUUUGGCGGUCAACUUGGUGUCCAGUUGCGACUGCAAGUUUCUCGCCAACUUGGCUA